GUUCAGGCAUAUUAUGCGACGCAUUGUUUGGGGUCCUCACUGGAGGCUCGGCGCCAGUCUCCCCGUUAGCAGCAGCAGAAGUAAAUACGAGUGACAUUUAGUGAAAUACUCUGUGAAAUCAAGUAUUUAAGGACAUUUGGAUCCUUGGUUAUCCAACAAUGAAUAUAGAUCUGCUUGAAUCGUUCGGGCAGAACUACCCAGAGGAGGCAGGCACCCUGGACUGCAUCAGUAUGGCCCUCACCUGCACCUUCAACCGCUGGGGCACCCUGCUGGCUGUGGGCUGCAACGACGGCCGCAUCGUCAUCUGGGACUUCCUCACACGGGGCAUCGCUAAAAUCAUCAGCGCCCACAUCCACCCGGUCUGCUCUUUAUGCUGGAGUCGAGACGGCCACAAGCUGGUGAGUGCCUCCACAGACAACAUUGUCUCGCAGUGGGACGUCCUGACUGGAGACUGUGACCAGAGGUUCCGCUUCCCCUCACCCAUCCUGAAGCUGCAGUGCCACCCCAGAGACAUGGACAAGGUGCUGGUGUGUCCCAUGAAGUCGGCCCCGGUCCUGCUGACUCUGUCAGACUCCAAACAUGUUGUCCUGCCGGUGGACGACGACUCAGACCUCAAUGUAGUGGCGGCCUUUGACAGGCGUGGGGAGUACAUCUACACUGGCAAUGCCAAAGGAAAGAUCCUGGUGUUGAACACAAACAAUCAGGAGCUGGUGGCUUCCUUCAGAGUGACGACCGGCACCAGCAACACCACUGCCAUCAAAUCAAUUGAAUUUGCACGGAAGGGCAGCUGCUUCCUCAUCAACACAGCAGACAGGAUCAUCAGGGUGUACGACGGCAGGGAGAUACUGACCUGUGGCCGAGACGGUGAGCCUGAACCCCUGCAGAAGCUACAGGACCUGGUCAACAGGACUCCGUGGAAGCGCUGCUGUUUCUCCGGCGAUGGCGAGUACAUCGUGGCCGGUUCAGCCAGGCAGCACGCCCUCUACAUCUGGGAGAAGAGCAUCGGCAACCUGGUGAAGAUCCUUCAUGGAACCAGAGGAGAGCUGCUGCUGGACGUCGCUUGGCAUCCUGUCCGUCCCAUUAUCGCCUCCAUCUCCAGCGGAGUGGUGUCCAUCUGGGCUCAGAACCAAGUGGAAAACUGGAGCGCUUUUGCUCCAGACUUUAAAGAGCUGGAUGAGAAUGUGGAGUACGAGGAGCGAGAGUCCGAAUUCGACAUCGAGGACGAAGAUAAGAGUGAACCAGAGCAGACAGGUGCAGACGCUGCAGAGGAUGAAGAGGUGGACGUCACCACCGUUGAUCCCAUCGUUGCUUUUUGCAGCAGUGAUGAGGAGCUGGAGGACUAUAAGGCCCUGCUGUACCUGCCCAUCGCCCCCGAGGUCGAAGAUCCAGAGGAAAACCCCUUCGGCACCCCCCGCCGGAACGCCUCGGUCCAGACCGCCACACCAGAGGAGGCGCUGGCCGCCGGCGACAAGAAGCAGCGGCAGCCUUCAUCUGAAGGAGGCCCGGCCAAGAAGAAGGCUCGCACCACCACCAUCGAACUGCAGGGGGGUGCCCAGUGACGAGGUGCACCCCUUACUGGGAGUGAAGGGCGAUGGCAAGUCUAAGAAGAAGACCGCAGGUCGGCCCAAAGGCUCCAAAGGUAAAGACAAAGACUUCCCCUUCAGGCCCAAGCCCUACAGGGGCGAGCGGCCCUCCUUCCCCGUGGAGGCCCUGGGCAGCUCUGGCCCAGGAGGAGGAGGAGGAGGGAGGAGGAGGAGG